AAAUCACUCAUAAAAUCUCUCUCAUUGGAUGUUUUUGAGGGGGGCCUAGUCUUUCUAGUUGUUCUAUAAUUUCAAUCAUCGUCUUCCUCCACUCCUCUCCAUCCGCUCGCUGCAAAAAGCGCUCCGGAUCUCAUUCCCUCUCAUUCCCGUCACCCAUUUUCCUUUAUUCUCCCAUUUCAAUUUUCAAUACCAACUUUUUCUCCCUACCCCAUUUGUUUUUGAUUAGUCAGCCUUGAAAGAUCCACCAUUUUUUUUGCUCACAGAGCUCCAGAGGUUGAGAGGAGGGGAGUUCUUUGGGCAAUAGAAAAGAGCCAGAUCUAAGAAGCACAAGGGAAUUAUGUCUUUCAUUGGCACCCAGCAGAAAUGCAAGGCUUGUCAAAAGACGGUUUACCCAGUUGAGGAGCUUUCUGCAGAUGGGAUUUCCUACCACAAGUCUUGCUUCAAGUGCACUCACUGCAAAGGGACUUUGAAGUUGAGCAAUUAUUCCUCAAUGGAAGGUGUUCUGUACUGUAAACCUCACUUUGAGCAACUCUUCAAGGAGACCGGAAACUUCAACAAGAACUUCCAGUCACCUGCAAAGUCAGCUGAGAAGCUAACACCAGAAAUGACUAGGUCACCCAGCAAAGCUGCUGGUAUGUUUUCUGGCACGCAAGAAAAAUGUGCUACUUGUGGUAAAACCGCCUAUCCACUGGAGAAGGUGACAGUGGAGAGCCAGGCAUAUCACAAGUCGUGUUUUAAGUGUUCCCAUGGUGGCUGUCCUAUUACUCCAUCAAAUUAUGCAGCCCUGGAGGGAAUUUUAUACUGCAAGCACCAUUUCUCCCAGCUUUUCAAGGAGAAGGGGAGCUACAACCAUCUUAUUAAGUCUGCAUCUAUUAAGCGCGCAGCAGCUGCAACAGCGACAGCAGCUGCAGCAGCAGUUGCCAGCAUUCCAGAAGCCUAAAUGCCAAGUUUAUAGUUUCUUUACAUCUGCUUUCUUUUAAGAGUGUGUUCUCUUAGACGGUACUUGUCAUGGCUGAGUGAGUAAACUUUGUCUGUCUUCUCUAUUUUCUUUGGCUCAAUGAACUUGGGCACAUUCUUGUGUUUGCUUGAUGUAUGCGAUGCAGACUGACAAUUGUAAAACAACCUCUUUUUUCUCUCUUUCAAUUUACGCAAGUUCAUGUUACUUUUGCCAAAG